AUGGAUCUUGGACUUCUUAGUGAUUCACUGAUACUAUUUUUUUCUAAACUUCACAUUAGUCUUAAUAAAUCUUGGUUAAAAGAUACUAUAACAUAUUUAAAUUCUCAAAUAACAGACAUAAAGUCUGACCAAUAUAAAAAUUUUGUCUUUUAUCAACUUAUUCAUUCAAAUUUAAGUGAUUCUAUAAAUAUUAAGCAAAAUUAUUUUUGGAAUGAAGACAAAAAGUUUCACCAUGAAAAAAUUAAUUUGUUUGUUCAAGUUAAAUGUAUUUAUGAUAUCUCAAGAUCAGUAUAUGAACAAUAUUUGGAGAUGAGUGUUAGAAAUUGCGUUUCUAUUGGAAAUUUUGAGUUAGAAUCUAGUAGUGCUGAUAAAAAUUCAAGCAAUAAUGGAACUAAAUAUUUAUCAAAAGGAAUGUUAAUGUUAAAAAUGACGGAUGGAAAAAAUGAUUUUACGGCAAUUGAAAGUGAAUAUAUUCCUUUUUUAAGUGAAUAUUUUAGGCCUGGAAUUAAAAUUUAUAUUUUUGGAGAAUGUAAAAUAGCAAAUGGUAUAAUUCAUUUAACAAGAAACAAUUGUCAGAUUAUUGGAGGAGAAAGCAGUUCUGACUUCAGUCAAAAUACUUUAGAUAUGGUUUUAUUUAGAUUAUUACCCAAAAAUAAUAUUUCAGAUAAGGAAAAAAAACAAGCAAGGAAAUUUUGUAUUGACAAAAUGAAAGAAAUUGAUAGUAUUUUAUGUGAUGGACAAAAUAAUAGCUUAGAAGAUUUUUCAAAUAAUUUACCCAAAGAGUUAGAUGAAAGAAAUGAAAAUUUAAAUAAAGAAAAUAAAAACACUAAGUUACUAAAAACAGAAGUACUUUCAAAAUGUUCACCCAGAAAUGAUUUAGCAGAAUGUGAUAUUUUACCUUCUAAAAAGAAAAUUAGUGUUUCUAAUACUACUAUCUCAAUUUCUAAUAAUACUAAUCAUACUAUUAAAAGAACUUUAAGUAGUAAUAUUUCAAAUUCUCCAACAAAAUGUAUAAAGAAAGAAAUUGUAGAUCUUACAGUCUCAGAAAUUUUUGACUACUUUUUUAAACUCCAUAUAUUUCUUAGUAACAAAUGGAUUUCUAAUAUUAUUCAAGAAGUUAAUAAUAAAUAUUCAGAUCAAAAUCAACGAAUAAAAUAUAUUUAUGAUAUUUUUUUACAAACAAAUAUUGAUGAAUGUUUGAUAGCUCCUUCUCCUGAAUUUAGAAAAGGAAAUCAAACAAUUGAAACUUCCUUGUUGAUGGAAAUCGAAUCAAUUCAUCUUGCAAAAAGACAUAUUAUGGGAGAAAAAAUUUUUUACACUUUAAGUGACGGAAAUAAAGGUUUUAAUGCAAUUAUUAAACAACCAUUUAAUUCUAAUAUUUGCAAUCAGGGUCAUUUAAUUCCAGGUAUAAAAUUUGUAAUACGUGGUCAAUUGAAAAUAAAAAUUUUUUUCUGCCGGAUAUCGAAAAAAAGGUAA